AGCAUGUGAACGCCGUAUGAUUCCCUUAGCGCUUCCUGAAUAGCGCCGCAGAUGCUCUAGAAAACAUUACACACUUACGCUUUGUUUACUAAUUCGCCUCUUGUGUGUUAGAAUGAAAAUGCGGUUUAUAAUUUUGAUAUCUUUGUUUGUUAUUGGAGCAAUGGCGGGGAAGUACUCGAAAGAGAUGAAUGAACAAAAGGCAUCUGAUAAAAGCAAUAAUCAGGUGGAAUUCAGAAUUGCCAAACUUAAUCAGAUCUGGGAAAAGGCGAUAAGGAUGCAGCUUGCACCGGUGCGGCUGUCAGAACUGCACAGUGACUUGAAGAUCCAGGAGAAAGACGAGCUUCAGUGGAAAAAACUGAAAGCAGAAGGGUUGGACGAGGACGGAGAGAGAGAAGCCAAGCUCAGACGCAAUUUUAAUAUUAUUCUGGCAAAGUAUGGAAUGGAUGGGAAAAAAGACACCCGGAUGUUGGACAGCAACAGACUGAAAGAUCAUGAUGUUAAUGAGGGAGAUACAUUUGAUGACCCAAGGCUGGACAAGCUGUGGAACAAGGCCAAGACUUCUGGAAAGUUCUCUGACGAGGAACUCCAGACCCUUCAAAGAGAAUUCAAGCACCACAAAGACAGAAUCAAUGAGUAUAACAUUGUCAUGGACACUGUCAGCCGGACCGAAGAGAUCCAUAAGAAUGUAAUCAGUCCUCUGGAGGGCGAAGCGAAGGAACAUGUUCUCCAUCAGAAACAUGCAGAUCUGAAGCAGAGAAUGAGGGACCUUAACCAGGGCUUUGAACGACUCCGCAAGAUCACCCAUGAGGGUUACAGUGCAGACAGCGAAUUUAAGGAGCCAAGAGUCAUAGAACUUUGGGAAAUGGCAAAACGAUCUAAUCUGAGUGAAGACGAACUGGAUUCUCUUAAAGAGGAACUUAGACACUUUGAAACAAAGGUGGAGAAGCACCAGCACUAUCAGGAGCAGCUGGAACUGUCUCAUCAGAAACUGAAGCAUGUGGAAGCCCUGGGAGACAAAGAACACAUCAUGAGAAACAAAGAAAAAUACAACACUCUUGCUGAGAAAGCACGAGAAAUGGGAUACAAGAUGAAGAAACACUUACAGGAUUUGACGAAUAAGAUUUCCCAAAAUGGAUUGCAACACAACGAACUCUGAACACUACUGUUAGCAAUAAUCAUUCAUAGGUCACAAAUGCAGUAUUCUAAAAUGAUAUCCAACACAGAUUGGCUGGGGUUAUAAAGGUACGGCAUAUUGGACAUGAAUUUAACAUUUCCAGUGGGAUGCUAGACUAUUUGGUAAAUUAUGAUUUUUUUUUUUUUAAAUGGUACUCUAGUGAUCAGUUCUGCUUUUUUGCUCAUUUCCCAUUUUAUGUUUGUACAGCAAAUGGCUACAAGAUGGUUUAGCCAGCAAACUGAUGUAUGUUAUCCACAUUCUAUUAAUUGUGGAAAAAUGUGUUUGUGGCUCAAUUUAUGUUUAAUAAUAGUUGCUUAACAACAGCAAACGCACAUGGAAACGUGUAGCAUCUCACAAACGUGGGUGCAAAAUAAUUUAACAUUCCUCUACAACAUAUGCACAUGGCAUAAAGCUUUCACACAUGAAAAAGCUUUCAAAGUUUUCAAUAUAAACUUUUUAAGCUUUCAUUUUAAUAUACCCCAAUCCUGAGCAUCCUAAGAUUUAAAUGUUGCAGAAUAAUACCCCUUCAUGAACAACAGUGCAAUAGUUGUUAACAGCUAAACUUUGUCAGGAAAAAGGUGUACUGCAGUGGAGAAAGAGAAGCUGAGCUCACGCACUACAUUAGUUAUAUUUGGCAAGGCAGACCUUGAGUCAACCAUAAUAUUGACUGAAUCAUUAAAUAGAUUUGGGUACAUGGGGCAUUUCUAUGAUUGACAUUGUUUGUCCCAAGGUAGACCUGAAUCAACAUCCUCAUGGUUUAAACAGUCCCAUGAAGUAGACACUGAGAUUUGUCAUAAAAAUUCUAAUUUAACCCACACUAAUUCUUUAAUCUAUGACACUGUUAUUACUAAUCUAACAAAAGUUCUUCAUAUUCAUACGAAUCCUGUAAUCCACUAUCGUAAUGAAUGAUCAGGAAUGUGAUCUCCACAAAUAAUUAGAAAGCUUUUGUACAAGUCCAUGUUCUGCUCAUUUCAUGUUGCACAUUUCAUAAUAAAACAAACUUCCCGAG